AUGAGCAACUUGUUUGGUAUUGAGUUAGAGGCCUUGGUCUCCGCUUUCCAGACACCAGAAAGUCCAAAAGUAUUCGGUACUAUGCCUGCCACUCCGUCCACGAAUCGUCCUGCUGCUCCAUUUCCUACGAUGUUUCCACUCCCUAAAACGCGCAAAUCGAGAUAUAAAUUGCCUAAACUGAAGACGAUAUCCAUUCCUACGGAAGAAGGGUGCCUUCACGAGGUCGUUCUUCCCGUUGGCUUGGAUCAUUUCAAUCCGCUGAGGCCGAUGUCGCAGACACCUGCCAAGACUUAUACUUUUAGGCUAGAUCCCUUUCAGCGUCAGGCAAUUUUGUGCGUCGAAAAUGACCAGUCAGUCCUGGUCUCCGCGCACACAUCUGCUGGCAAAACGGUGGUUGCUGAGUACGCGAUUGCUCGGGGUUUGGCGAAUAGGCAGCGGGUCAUUUACACAACUCCCAUCAAGGCCCUUAGUAACCAGAAAUUCCGUGAAUUUUUAGUGGAAUUCAAGGAUGUGGGCUUAAUGACUGGAGAUAUUACGAUCAAUCCAGAAUCAACCCUUCUCAUAAUGACCACUGAAAUUCUUCGUGGAUCGGAGGUAACGAGGGAGCUGGGCUGGGUGAUCUUCGAUGAGAUUCACUAUAUGCGUGAAAGAGAACGAGGAGUGGUGUGGGAGGAGUCGAUCAUCCUCCUGCCGGACAGUGUGAGUCAGGUCUUCCUCAGUGCCACCAUUCCCAAUGCCAGACAGUUCGCCGAGUGGGUCGCCUUCCUGCACAGGCGACCGUGUCAUGUCAUUUAUACUGACUACCGCCCCACGCCUCUCCAACAUUACGUAUUCCCUUGUGGUGGAGAUGGCAUCUUCUUGCGCGAGUUCCUGGAAGCCAACUUCAACUCAGCGCUGGACGUAAUUCGCGGGGCCGCGGGCAACGCUCAAUCAGACACAGCGAUGCGUGGUCGGAGAGGCGGAUCUCUUAGGGCUGCAACCUACUGCUAUAAGCUCGUCAAACUUGUGAUGGAUCAAGAACUCGAGCCUCUAAUCGUUUUUUCCUUCAGUAAGAAGGACUGUGAAUUCUACGCCAGUCAGCUCUCACAAGUGGAUUUUAACGGAGAUAAAGAUAAAGCUGCCGUUGAUCUAAUCGUUAGAAAUGCUCUUGAAUCUCUCUCACCGGAGGAUCAGAAGCUUCCACAGAUUCUCUCUACUGUACCGAUCCUUCGACGAGGCAUUGGUUUUCACCACGGCGGUCUGCUACCAAUUCUCAAGGAAAUUGUCGAAAUUCUCUUUGCCGAGGGUUAUCUUAAGGUCCUCUUUGCCACUGAGACUUUUGCUAUGGGUCUGAAUAUGCCAGCACGAACGGUUCUCUUCACGGCAACGCGCAAGUUCGAUGGACAGAACUUUCGUCACAUCUCCCCUGGUGAGUACAUCCAAAUGUCGGGGCGAGCAGGGCGAAGAGGUAAGGACGACAGAGGUACAGUGAUUCUCAUGCUCGAUGACACUGUUACUCCCGAUGCGGCCAAGCAGCUUCUUCUGGGAAUGCCGGACCCUCUAAAUUCGGCCUUCACUCUUUCUUACAACAUGGUGCUCAAUCUUCUCCUCGUCGAGGACAUCAAUCCCCAGAUUAUGCUUGAGAAAAGUUUCUUCCAAUUCCAAAACUAUGCAUCUAUUCCUGCUCUAGAACGGAGUGAGUCCGUCGAGAUCGCCAGUUUGGACGCCGAAUUCAAAGGUAUAGAAUUGCCGGAAGACGUAAACAUAGAGCAGCUCUCCAAUAUACUCCAGCUGCGUCAAGGGGUUGAGACUCUGGAGCGUGAGAAGUGGCAGCUGUCAAUGAAGUUUAAAUACGUCUCCCCGUUCCUGCAGCCUGGUCGUCUACUUCGAGUUGAAAGUGCAGAUGGUGUUGACUACGGUUGGGCUAUUGUAUUGAAUCUUCGCCGUUUCAAACAGCGCAAUCCGUACGGUGGUGGUGUAAUAUCGGAUACGGUGAUGGUUGACGUACUUGUCCGUGUCGCCACAGCCAGUCCUGAUACCGUUACCAUCGAGCCUUCACCUCCCUCUCUCACCUCCUUCAAGCCUCUCGAUGAUUUCGAUCUGCUUGUGGCGGCAGAAGGAAAAAUAGAGGAAGUUACGGAGCCACUGUCGAAGAAGCGCAAACGAACUUCGGAAGGUACCCCAAAGGCAUCGAAGCAGAACCAGGCGCCCACCAGCCCCGUAUCUACGGCCAUCAUUGCUAGUGUGCCACUCGAUUGCCUGCGCGAAAUGUCGUCGGUCUGCCUUAAUUUCUCCUUCAUUGACGGUGCAGACACUAAGGACCCUACCGCCUUGGUUGAAAAAGUCGCCAAACUCCCCUCUUCGAUGCGACUUCACUUCUGGGAGGGUAUCCAUCGAGCCAGAUCUAAGUUAGGUGGAGAACUUCCCCUAAUUGACCCUGUUAAAGACAUGGGCGUCAAAGACAGUCGUCUGGCCACCUGUCUAAAGAACAUUCACUUGCUGCAAGCCCGAGUUACGCUCAACCCGCUCUCCGGCAGGAAGGACCUCGACUACCUCUUACACACGCAUAAAAAACGCAUCGCGAAGUACUUGGAGUUGCGUGUUGUCCAUGAGGAGCUCGAUCAGAAGGAGUCAUUGCUGCAGUUGGACGAAUUGCAUUCACGAAAGCGUGUGCUACGCCGCCUGGGUUUUAGCACCGAAGAUGAUGUCAUUCAUUUGAAAGGCCGCAUCGCCUGUGAAAUUUCCUCUGGAGAUGAACUGAUGUUAACUGAGCUACUCCUAGAUGGCUUCUUUAGUGAUCUCUCUGCGGAUCAGAUUGCAGGUGCACUUUCUUGUUUUGUCACAGAGAAGAGCAGCACUAAGGAGCCGCCUAAGCUUCGUCCUGACAUGGAAGCCGCCCUUAACACCAUUCGUUCGAAAGCUCGAUACUUGGCGACUGUGGCAGAGGAGAGUCGUUUGCACUCGGGCCCCAUGGCUUCGACACCAGGAGGUCCGAUCAAGGGCGAUGGAAACAUUUUUGCUGAGGGUGGUCGGAGCGCCGUUGAUGACUAUGUAGCCAAGUUCUCGGGCGAAAUGAUGGAGAUUGUACGCUCUUGGGCACAGGGUGUCUCCUUUGCUGAGCUCUGUCAGAUGACGCCACUCUUCGAAGGCAAUGUCAUUCGCUGCUUGCGACGACUAGAGGAACUCUUAAGGCAAAUGCAUGAGGCUGCCAAGGUAGCAGGGAAUGCAGAUCUGGAAAAUAAGUUCGUCAAGGCCAUGACAUUGAUCAAGAGAGAUAUUGUCUUCGCCGCUAGCCUCUACCUUUGA